UUUUAAUUUGGUUUGGCGAUGUGGCGUCAUAAGGCUGCGCCGCGUGAUGCUUCUGUGUUUGGACUGAAGAAAGAAAAAUUCCUGGUGAAGCGACUGAGAUCCACGUGAAUAUUAUAAAGAUGGCGUUUAUCAAGGAGGAGAAUGAAGACAUGAAGAUUGAAGGAGCAUGCAGUGUGAAGCAAGAAGAUACUGACACACAAACAGACCUGAUGGCGCCUAAAGAGGAGAGAGAAGAACUUAAUGAAUUGGAAGAGAAAGACCAGACACAUAAUUUCAUGAUUGGAGAAAAAUCACACACCACACAGACUGAAAAUAUUUCCUCACGAACAAAGACUAAGAUGACCAAAUCUAAAUGUUAUUUCAUCUGCCCACAAUGUGGAAAACGUUUCACUCAAAAAGCAAACCUUAAAGUCCACAUUAGAAGUCACACUGGAGAGAAGCCUUUCACUUGCAAACUGUGUGGGAGGAGCUUCUCACGAAAAGAAAGUCUUAAGAUUCACAUGACAAUUCACACUGGAGAGAAGCCGUUUGUAUGUGGUCAGUGUGGAAAGAGUUUCAGAUGUAAAGAAAUCCUUAAUUCCCACUUGAGGGUCCACUCAGAAGAGACCCAUUUUAGAUGUCAUCAGUGUGGAAGGAGUUUCCGAUUCAAAAAAAACCUCAAUACUCACAUGAGAGUUCACUCUGGAGAGAAGCCUUACUCAUGCCAUCAUUGUGGAAAGCGAUUUGUUCAUAAAGUAAGCCACAAGAAUCACAUGAAGAUUCACAAUGAAGAGAAGCCAUUCAUGUGUGCUCAGUGUGGAACAUGUUUCAAGUAUAAAGCAACCCUUAAUGCCCACAUGAGAGAUCACACUGGAGAAACUCCGUUUGCCUGCAAAUUGUGUGGGAAGAGCUUCUCACAUAAAGGAAAUCUUAAGACUCACAUGAGAAUUCACACCGGAGAGCAGCCAUUCACGUGUGAACAGUGUGGAAAGAGUUUCAGACGUAAAGAAACCCUUGAUUCCCACAUGAGAGUUCACACUGGAGAGAGCCCUUACAGCUGCAAAGUGUGUGGGAAUGGCUUCUCACGAAAGGGCAAUCUUAAUACUCACAUGAAAAUUCACACCGGUGAGAAGCCGUUUAUUUGUGACCAGUGUGGAAAGAGUUUUGGACGUAAAGAAACGCUUAAUUACCACAUGAGGAUUCAUUUAAGAGAGAACAGUUUAACAUGUCAUGAGUGUGGAAAGAGUUUCACAGAUAGUAAUCUCCUUAAGAAGCAUGUAGUAAUUCACAUCGGGGAUAAGCCUUUCAUGUGUUAUUUCUGUGGAAAGACAUGUAAAAGCAAAUCAAACCUUGAGAAUCACAUAAAAGUUCACACUGGAGAGAAGCCUUUCACCUGCCAAGAGUGUGGAAAAGGUUUUACAGUUAAAGGAAACCUUCACAUUCACAUGAGAGUUCACACCGGAGAGAAGCCUUACAAGUGUCUUCAGUGUGAGAAGACUUUCACAUAUCCAAAAGACCUGAAACGUCAUAUGCAAAUUAAAUGUGAAAAUAAAACUGCUGUGUUCUGAGUGUAGUAAGGUUUACAAAGUGGAACAUUUUCAGAAAUCACCUGCACAUUCCCUCUGGAGCAUUUAAUUAGGAGUAGUGUAAUGAAAAACAAAAUCACACUUACAGAUACACCUGAAAAGUUAUGCUAAUCUGAGACUUUAUUUUUGUUCUUUGUGCAAAAGGGUUUUAAAUAGUUAAUCAAUUUAAAAUGCUAUCAGAAAAUAUGUAUAUGUGCACUAUACAUUUUCAUUGUACAGAGCAUUGGUUCCCAACCACAUUCCUUGAGCACAUUUGCAUGUCUCCUUAAUCAAACUCCUGAUUCAACUCAUUACAUUCAAAGACAUGCAAAAUAUGUCGUUUUGGGGGAUCCAGGAAUAUGGUUUGGUUUAUUUUUGAUUCGGUUUAAUGCCUCAAACAAAUAGUAGAUCAGGGAUGGGCAACUUUGGUCCUGAGGCCUGUUCUUCGUACAUUGCUAAAGCCCGAAACACACUGCGCAAUUUUCGGCUGUCCCAGAAGAAAGAAUGGCAUCGUUAAACAAUCGUGUCGAUUUCUGUGAUCGUGGCUUGUAAUCGGGGGUCCUGUGUCGUACAGUGAGAGAGGUUCAAAGACGGCCAUUGUCAUAGCUACGAUACAGCAUGAUCAUCGCACAGUGUGUUUGCAGCUACGAUCCACAUUUACUGACCAAUAGCUCUUUUUGUUUACCACUAGCGCAUGCAGGCACGUCCUGAUAUUGCCGAGUUAGAGGUGUUCCUGGGUCACCAGAUUUUGUUGACCCUGGAACAACAUUUUAAUCCAAAAAUAUAAUCUUAACCAUAUUCCUACACCUAAACCUAACCUUACCCAUGAGUAAUCCCUAAAAUCAGAGGAACUGAUAGAUGCAUUACACUGAUGUACAGGCACCAAACACUAAUUGUAAUCCUAAACUUCACAAAAAUUAUAAACUGGUUCUUGAAAUCUGAUUGGUUAAUCACAAUGUUGUUACAGGGUCAACAAAGAUGUUAACCCAGAAACACGUCGCACUCGGCAAUAUCAGGUUGUGCCAUGCUGAUGGCUUGGUUGAUUUAGUUGAUCCUGAUAAGCGAUCGUUGUCACAGUUGUAAACCCGUUGGCUUUCUUCUUUCAUGAGGAGGUUUGGCAUCACAGCAUUUUUGUUUCCAAGCGGAACGUUAAAGAACGCAAAUGUCUCCCAGAAAUCCUGUAUAAUUCAACUAAUCCGAUGACGACUUCGAAACUGCUGAAGUGUUUCCACUUUUGUGUGCCAUAUGCAUCAGACGUUCAGCCAGCGGUCCGUGGGCGUGACGUCUGAGGCUGAGACUACUAGAAAGUUACAGGCAGGUGUGUUUGAUUAGGGUUGGAGCUAAACUCUUCUGGACAGUGGCCCUCCAGGACCGAAGUUGCCCAUCCCUGUAUUAGAUGAAUAAACUUCCAUGUUCUGUUAAAUGCCACAUUGUAAAUGAAAAGCUAUGAAUA